AUGGCAUCCGGUGACACCGGCGGAACUGGUGGGACACCAACAAGCCCCAUCAGACCUAUGAUGUCGUUGGAACAAGUUAUCGCCCCAGUUCUCACACCACUCACCGGUGAAGCAUCACAACAAGGCGGCUCGAUGGUAACCACCACUCCAACAAACGAAUUACAGAGGUCAACCGUCGAAGGACCAGCUUCCUAUGCAGUCGUAAUGGCACAAAGCACCCCCUUGCAAACACCACAUGUGACAGUGAUAUCAAGCAGUGCAACACCACCAACGGUGGACAAAGUCGGCGGCACACCGGUCUUGUCGCAACCACCACCACUAUACCAAAUGGUGGGAGAACAACUUACGGUUUUCCAAACACCACCAUUGAACUAG